AGGGUCACUGAACACAGUUGUCAGUAACAAUAUUAACAAUAAAGUUAUUGAUGUUGAGGAAGGGACUUCUGGUAGGGGCAUGUCUAUUUCCGUUAGGGCCUAUAUCCUUCGCCCUCUCCGUUUACAUCCCAACCGGAAAUACUUGUACCCCGUUUAAAGCCACGUCAGUCCUGGCCUCAGUCCCGCCCACGCGGGGGGAAGCGUUUCCGGGGUCAGGGUAUUCCGGUUCGCCCCGCCCCGCCGCCGGUGCAGUGCUGGAAGACCCGGUUCUCCCGGAAGUGCCCCGGACAUCUCUCUGUCGGGGUUCCCACCUACCCCCCUGCUGCUGCUGCGGGCCGCUGGGGCGGUGGCAAUGGCGGAGGCGGCGCUGCUACUGCAGCCGGAGGCGGCGGCGGAGCGGGACGCUCGGGAGAAGCUGGCUCUUUGGGAUGGGAGACCGGACACGACAGCGCCACUGACCGACCGGCAGACGGACUCGGUGCUGGAGUUGAAGGCGGCGGCCGAGGACCUGCCCGUACCCGCCGAGCUCCCAAUUGAAGACUUGUGCAGUUUAACAUCCCAGUCGCUGCCCAUUGCACAGGCUUCAAUAGUGCCUGAAUCUACAGAAGACAUUCUCUUGAAGGGAUUCACCUCCUUAGAAAUGGAAGAAGAAAGAAUUGAAACUGCACAGCAGUUUUUCUCAUGGUUUGCAAAGCUACAAACUCAGAUGGAUCAGGAUGAAGGAACUAAAUAUAGACAGAUGAGGGAUUACUUGUCUGGGUUUCAGGAGCAGUGUGAUGCUAUAUUGAAUGAUGUCAACAAUGCUCUUCAGCAUCUGGAAUCAUUGCAGAAACAGUAUCUUUUUGUGUCCAAUAAGACAGGAACCCUACAUGAAGCCUGUGAACAGCUCCUGAAAGAGCAGUCGGAACUUGUUGAUCUGGCUGAAAACAUUCAACAAAAGCUUUCCUAUUUUAAUGAAUUGGAAACUAUUAACACAAAAUUGAAUUCUCCCACGCUAUCUGUGAAUAGUGAAGGAUUUAUACCAAUGCUGGCCAAGUUAGAUGACUGUAUUACAUACAUAUCAUCUCAUCCAAAUUUUAAAGAUUAUCCUGUAUAUUUACUGAAGUUUAAGCAGUGUCUUUCUAAAGCUUUGCACCUCAUGAAGACAUAUACAGUGAACACACUACAGAACCUCACAAGUCAGUUAUUAAAAAGGGAUCCUUCAUCUGUACCUAAUGCAGACAAUGCCUUCACAUUAUUUUAUGUGAAAUUUCGAGCUGCUGCCCCCAAAGUCAGAACUCUCAUCGAACAAAUAGAACAACGAUCUGAAAAAAUACCUGAAUACCAACAACUGCUAAAUGACAUCCACCAGUGUUACCUUGAUCAGCGGGAACUCCUUUUGGGCCCUAGUAUUACUUGUACUGUAACAGAGUUAACCAGCCAGAAUAACAGAGACCACUGUGCCUUGAUUCGCAGUGGCUGUGCCUUUAUGGUUCAUGUAUGCCAGGAUGAGCACCAACUUUAUAACGAAUUUUUUACAAAACCAACAUCAAAAUUAGAUGAACUUUUGGAGAAACUGUGUGUGUCAUUGUAUGAUGUCUUCAGGCCAUUGAUCAUUCACGUUAUUCACUUAGAGACUUUAUCGGAACUUUGUGGGAUUCUUAAAAAUGAGGUGCUUGAAGAUCAUGUACAGAAUAAUGCUGAACAGUUGGGGGCAUUUGCAGCUGGAGUAAAGCAGAUGUUGGAAGAUGUACAAGAGCGACUUGUCUACCGAACCCACAUCUACAUUCAGACAGACAUCACAGGCUAUAAACCAGCUCCUGGAGAUCUAGCGUAUCCCGAUAAGUUAGUAAUGAUGGAGCAAAUUGCACAGAGUUUAAAAGUUGAGCAGAAGAAGGUACCACCUUCAGAAGCUUUGUUUUCAGACGUUCAGUUAGAAGAAGCAGAGCCUCCUAAUAAUCUAACAAAAUCUGGUUCAACCGAAUCUCUCAGUCCUAGAGCACAGACCACUAUUUCUCCAGCAGAUCUUCAUGGAAUGUGGUAUCCUACAGUUCGACGAACUCUCGUCUGUCUCUCCAAAUUGUACAGAUGUAUAGAUAGGGCAGUAUUCCAAGGAUUAUCACAAGAAGCCUUGGCGGCCUGCGUUCAGUCGUUACUUGGAGCAUCAGAGUCUAUCAGCAAAAAGAAGACUCAGAUUGAUGGACAGCUUUUCUUAAUAAAGCACCUUUUGAUUCUCCGUGAACAGAUCGCUCCAUUUCACACUGAAUUCACCAUUAAGGAAAUUUCCCUGGACCUCAAGAAAACUAGAGGUACUCCAUUGUCCUGGCUGGCACAGUUGGGUAUGCUGAACCUGAUGUGUCAGCACAGGGACCUGCAUGUGGUCUGGGACUCCCACUUUUCCUGGAUUAGGACCUGCAUGGCACUAGAAUCCAUCAACUGGCAGAUGCCAGCAAAGGCAAAAUCAGAUCAUGGCAGUUUUGACUUUUACUGUUGCAACGUUUCAGCACUAAACACAAUGGCCAGUCAGGGAGGACCCAAGUAUACUCUCUCUCAGCAGCCUUGGGCUCAACCAGCAAAAGUCAGUGACCUUGUGGCAAGUGCCUACAAGACAAUAAAAGCAAAGCUGCCCCUGACGUUGAGAAGUAUGUCAUUGUACCUAUCCAAUAAAGAUACUGAGUUCGUCCUGUUUAAGCCAGUUAGGAAUAAUAUUCAGCAAGUCUUCCAGAAGUUCCAUGUCUUGUUAAAGGAAGAGUUCAGCCCUGAAGAUAUCCAGAUCAUUGCUUGUCCUUCUAUGGAACAGCUGAACCUCCUACUGUCAGUUUCUAAAUAACCAGGCCUGUCGGGCUGUGUGCGUAAAUGGCCGGUCCGGCAGGAGCCGGCUGCCAAGUCCCACGGCCUGCAGGACACCGGGGAAUUGUGCGAGGGGCUUCCCAAGAACCACAGGGCUGCUCAGGGCUGACCGCAGAAUGAAGUGGAAGCAAAGUGUGACGUGAUUUGUGUUUCUCUUUUGAAAACAUCAAAAUGCCAAAGAUAAGCUAUAAUCUAUGAGCGCUGAUUACUGCCUCAUUUAAAUGGUCACAAGCAGUGUAAGGUUUUAAGAGGAAGCUAUGGUGGGCACGCAAUGAAAUGGUUCUUAAGAAAAAUGUGCAAUGAAAAUAGAUUACAAUAAAUAGUGCAAAGAACUUUACAGAAAUACAGCUAAUUAGAAAGCUUCUAAGAGAAAGGUUUGUUGAAGCGUGAAACACUGCACUUUUAACCACUGAGCAUUCCACAGUGACUAUUUUUUUAUUUCCAGAAAUGUUAUUUCUACACCCUAUUUAAUGUAAUGUUUCUCCUGUCACUUUGAAGUUUAGUUUGGGAUAGAUUGGGUGCUUCUGAGAACAUGUUCUGCUUUCCUGGGAAUUCAAUGUGUUAUCUUUCUGUGUGUUUGAUGUGAGGUAGUUUCAAGGUGUAAGGUCCCUGGAUCUGUACUCCAUGAAUUGCUUAGGUGCAGAGUGUUCAAAAGUAGGCAGGUAGCUGCAGCGUCCACAUGGUAGAUAACGUGCCGUAUCUUUCGUGAGAAUCUUCAUGGUACAUACAGUAGGCAGUGUCCGUGAGGGGGAAGUACCAAGUUUGGCGUCUUCCGUCUGGCACAUAAAGGAGGAGAGGAAGCCUGGUGAAUAGUGUAUCUCGUGCACGAAGGUUAGGGUUACCAGCUUUCUGCACACUGCCUUCCGUUUCCGUAGUUCUUUGAAAAGUGAACAUUUUCACGUCCUGUACCUUCAUGGUGGCUGUGCCGCGAGCCUGCCUUGUGGAUCUGUACCCUGCGACAGCAGGAUACAUUUCACUCAGAGGACGAGGAUGACGAAGACCACCCAUCCCUUAAAGUCAACCAAACGAUGGCAGCGAUCAUCAAAAAAAUUAUGCGCAUCUCUGACUUUUCCUACAAAUACGUUUCCUGAUUGGAUUGGUUUUGCCUCUGAUGUUAUAGUAAAUGUAACCUGCUCUUUGGUUCACGAUGAAUUUUGAGUUAUUCAGACACUAGUUUAGAGAUAGAAUGCUGACAGGGGUUCUGGAAUGUAGCCAGCAGACCGCAUUCUGUGAGACUGUAGCAUUUCUCAUCCGCUUCAAGCAGACUCCCGCCAUGUGUAGAUAGGUUACGUAUCCUGAUGUCUGUCAUUUUAAACAGGUCACUUGUUUUUCAGCUCAGUUGGUGAUGGAUGUUGCUUGAUAGAGCUUAAUACUCUCUAUUUUGGGAAGGUAGAAGGUAAAGAGGGUCCAUAUUCAUUCUUCAACAGGAAGUGAAUGAAUUACGAAGAUUAUAUUUACUUCCACUUACUAUUUUAAAUAUGUGUUUAAUGAAAUAAACUGUACAAUCCAGUUUUGUAUAUUAUAUGUACAUUUGAUUUUUAAAUAGCCUUUCCAAAGAGAUGAGGGCAUGAUUAUUGUACAAUACUUGACUGAUUUAAUUUGAUGUACAAAGCAGAGCGUGUUCUUAAGGAUAAAAAUAUUUGAUGGCACUCGUUCUUGUGUUUUGAGUCUUUUAUUUCUGAAACAAACACCUUACAGAAGUGCUGAGUAGGUGACAGUGAUCCAACUUGUUUGCUAAAUGACUGUUUAAAUCUGUACAGUUUCAAGUCUUUACUUAUACAAAGAGUGUACAUACUUUCAAAUAAUUAAUUUAAAAUGCUUUAUAUUAUUUGGCUAGAAUUUGCUGUUUUUAAUAAAUGUGAAUUUUUUAAAAAAAUAAAGAUUUUUGCUUCC